AUGGCAGACUUCGUCGAUCUUACCGUCAUCGAUGAUGAUGAGCUCGAUCUCUUGACACCGACAAGCGCGACUCUGAACUCAUCCGUGGCGUCCGCCACGUUCUACUCUGACUCGUCCUCUUCCGAGAAUCGCGCGCUCAGACCACGCGUCGUGAGCACGCCAUCCACCUUAAAACCUGAAAAACAGAAGCGCAAAAGGACUUGGUCUGUUUCUGGACUCGAAAACGAAAAUGUAAACGCAAAAGGGAAGCGGUCGAAGUUGGAAGACAGGAAAGUGCUUACGAUUACAGUAAAUGCUGCAAAAGUGUCUGCAGAAACAGCCAGAAGACGCUGGCUUCAUCGCUAUCGGGAUCUCUUCAUUCCGCUGCUGCCCAAAAGUACAUUUUUCGAUAACUUGCGGAAAGAGGUGGAGGCAUCAAGAGAUAAAACAGGUCAUGUACCUCUUCAUGAGAUUACCGAACAGCCGAAGCUCGUCAAAGGAGGCCAAAUGAAGGACUAUCAGUUACACGGCCUGUCUUUUCUGGCUUGGAUGUUUGAAAACGGAAUGAAUUGCAUCCUUGGUGACGAGAUGGGUUUAGGAAAGACACUCCAGACUCUUUCCCUCUUUGCCUAUAUCAAAGAAAAUGCGAGAGGAACCAUGGACCCACAUUUGGUGGUGUGCCCUCUCUCAGUGCUUCCAUCCUGGUUAGCAGAAGCAGCGCGUUGGGUCCCGUCCUUACGCGCCUUGCGGUUUCACGGGCAGCAAUCUGAGCGUAGCCGCCUUAAAGAGGGAGUUCGCGCAGGUAACAUUAAGUUCGACAUUUGCGUUACGACGUACGAGUCAUACGUUGCGGAGGACUCCUGGUUCAAGUCGCGAAGGUGGACGUACUGUGUGCUCGAUGAGGGCCACAAGAUCAAAAACGCGGACACGCAAGUCGCCGGGAAGUUGCAGCGCAUCGGCGCAAUCUAUCGUCUGAUCUUGACGGGCACACCCGUGCAAAAUAACUUGGUCGAACUUUGGUGCAUCCUGCACUGGCUUUAUCCAACCGUGUUCACGGACGCCUCGGAGCGCCUCUUCAAAGAUUCGUUCGAUCUCUCCCGAGGCCUCUACUCCCUGCCUUUCCUCAAAGCGGCGGAGGGUCUCCUGACCACCGUCAUGCUCCGCCGCACGAAGGCCGCCGUGGAGCUCAGCGUACCGCCAUGCGACGAACUCACUGUGUUCGUGCCGAUGACAGAAGCGCAGCGAUUUUGGACGUAUAGGCUCCUCACACGUAUGGACAGUGUCGAGCUCGAUUCUAUCUUCACCACGAAACUGGAGGAUGCGAAGGAGAACGAGGGCCGCAAGGAAGUGCAGGCGCACCUCGCGGCACAGAUCACGCACAACAAAACCGGCGAGCAGAAUCAGUGGAAGAAAUUGAUGAAUCUGUUGAUGCAGCUUCGCAAAGUGUGCGAUCAUCCCUAUCUACUCCCUGAUGCAGAGCCGGACCCAUUCGUCAUCGGCGAGCACCUCGUUGCGUCGUCUUCCAAGCUGACGGUGAUCGACAAAAUCCUUGCGGAUACUUUGCCCAAAGGCGAGCGUGUGUUGAUAUUCUCUCAAUGGACAAAUAUGUUGGAUCUACUGGAAGACUUCAUGGCCCUGAGAUCUAUACCCUACGCUCGCUUGGAUGGCUCCACUACACGACCACGCCGGGCCCUCGAUAUCAAGUUGUUCCAACAGGAGAAAUCUCCGUAUCAAGUAUUCCUAAUAUCCACAAAAGCUGGUGGCCUUGGUAUCAACCUCACGAAGGCGAGCACGGUGAUCAUGGUCGAUUGCGACUGGAAUCCUCAGAAUGAUCUGCAAGCCAUUGCUCGUGCGCAUCGGAUUGGUCAGACAAAGACCGUCAAGGUAUAUCGUCUCAUCUGUCGAGGCAGUGUCGAAGACCAGAUGUUAGAUCGAAUCCGCCGCAAACUGUUCCUGUCGCUGAAGGUGAUGGCAGCAGAUGGCUCGUCUUCCGACGAGCAGAACUCGGCGCUCAAGACCAGCGAGCUGUUGCAGAUCCUGAAGAAAGGCAGUAGCGCACUCUCUCAGAACAAUGAUGCCAUGGACCUCCCGCGAUUCCUUGAGGCGCCUAUCCAGGAGAUUCUGGAUGCAUCACGUGAGCGUGACGACUUGCGCGCCGCGAAGGUCAAGAAGCUCGAGGGCGAGACGGUCGAUCAGAAGUUGGUCAAGGAUGCUGAGGAGGAGGAGCGCAGGCUACUGAGUGGCAUCGCGCAAGUACAGAGCAGGCUGUUCGAGGGAAAGCUCGUCACGCAGCCCAGACAAAACAAGGACAUCGCGCGGGAGUGGAAGGAACUCCAGAAGCGGAGCAGAUCUGACCGCAUCGUGCUGGUGGAUGGCAUGGAGAUGAUAGCAGCGCAUAUGGGCCCCGAGGUCGUGUCUGCCAUAGCGAAGCCAGUGGCCAAGAGACAGAGAAAGAAGUUCGACAGCGAGGACUGGUGCAUCUACUGUCGCGAUGGCGGGGAGCUUGUGCUCUGCAAUAGCUGUCCGAGAGUUUUCCAUGCUUCAUGUCACGGGCUGUCAAAAGAGGCCCUACAUCGCUCGAUGACCAUUGCAUGCAGCCAGCAUAGCUGCACACAAUGCGGUCGAUCGACAGCCGAUGCUGGUGGAAUGCUUUUCAGAUGCCAGACAUGCCCGCAGGCAUUUUGCGAAGACUGUUUGCCUGACGGUGAGAUCGAUGCAGUCGGGGCCACAUUGCCGGAAUUCGUGCUUCUUGGAUAUGGUGAAAGCACAUCAGCAUACUACAUACGCUGUCAUGACUGCCACAAACUCUUCGAAGAGGAACCGCAUGUGUGGGCGCAGUGGCAGCUAGACAUGCAAGAUGUGCAGAAUAAGUUAGAUGCACUGCCCCAGUCGUAA